UGUGGUCCGUCUCGCUAGGAAUAAUUGUAAUUUUUAUUCUGAAAGUAAGUUAUAUUCCGCAUCAUUUGUGUAUUUCCUUUUCUUUUACUAAGAAAUUCAAUGGGGCGUGAAGUAGCGUAACAUUGUGUGACUAAUACGUCAAGUUUGAAAAGGUACAAUCUUAUGUAGACAGAAUUACUUAGAUCUUGUCUAAAUUACCGCAAAAAUACUAUGCCUCUUUUUGGUAAGUCCCAGAAGAGCCCAGCGGAGCUUGUCAGAUCGUUGAAGGAUGCAGUGACGGCGCUAGAAAGGGGCGAUAAGAAGGCAGAGAAGGCACAGGAAGAUGUGAGCAAGAACUUGUUAUUAAUAAAGAACAUGCUGUAUGGAACAUCCGAUGCAGAGCCCCAGACGGACAUCAUCGUUGCCCAACUGGCACAAGAACUAUACAACACAAACCUGCUGCUGUUCCUUAUUCAGAACCUUAACCGCAUCGACUUUGAAGGGAAAAAGGAUGUAGCACAGGUGUUCAACAAUGUCUUAAGGCGUCAGAUCGGCACGCGGUCGCCUACGGUUGAGUACAUAUGUACCAAACCAGAGAUACUCUUCACUUUGAUGUCUGGGUAUGAACACCAAGAGAUUGCUUCAAACUGUGGAACUAUGCUGCGGGAGUGCGCACGAUACGAAGCCUUGGCCAAGAUAAUGCUGUAUUCUGACGAUUUUUACAAUUUCUUCCGUUAUGUAGAAGUAUCCACUUUUGAUAUUGCCUCAGAUGCCUUUUCUACUUUUAAGGAAUUGCUAACGCGACACAAAAUGUUGUGCGCCGAGUUUCUAGAAGCUAACUACGACAAAGUGUUCAGCCACUAUCAGCGACUUUUGAAUUCCGAGAACUAUGUGACUCGACGGCAGAGCCUAAAACUCCUUGGCGAAUUGCUACUGGACCGACACAAUUUCUCCAUUAUGACCCGUUACAUCACCAACCCUGACAAUCUUAAGCUGAUGAUGAAUAUGCUUAAAGAGAAGUCACGUAACAUACAGUUUGAAGCUUUCCAUGUUUUCAAGGUAUUCGUAGCCAACCCAAAUAAACCAAAACCAAUCCUGGAUAUCCUGCUAAGAAAUCAAGACAAGCUGGUAGAUUUCCUUACCAAGUUCCACACAGAUCGUUCCGAGGACGAGCAGUUCAAUGACGAAAAGGCUUACCUUAUAAAGCAAAUCAAAGAGCUCAAGCCGGUGGAACACUAACGACUAUUGCAUUUCAUUUUCGCCACUUCCUCCUCAAAAAGAAGUUAGUUAUAGAUGCUAUAAUAUUUAAACGCUUCUAAGUCACCAAGAGGGUGUCGUGCGCAGGGCUUCGCGCCAGCCACAAGGUUCAGCAACAAUUAGAUUUCUAAACGGAUUUUACAUUUGGUCUGUGAUCAGUCAGGGAAGAGUAUAUUUGUGCUACGAGCAAAUUAACAUUUUUAAUAAAGAUUUGUAGGUAUUAGUGUUACUUAUUUUAAUGGUUUGACUUAUAUGUUUUGUAAGUUGUUAAAACCAUGUUUAGUUUUUAUGACGUGUUUAGUGACGGCUCCAGAGUCGCAUCGAAAUAUUAUAUUUUGUCACGUUUAGCUUACUAUGUUAUGGUUUCUAGAAGUAAAUUCGACAAAAAGUAGGUUGCCGAUCCGAAAGUUAACAUCUCGAUACCAUUAAUGUCAUUCGUAACUAUUGUUUUUUUUAUAUCGUAAAUCAAUGUCGGUAAAUUAAAUUGUUAAAACUGAAAAGUGUGUAUGGUAUCUUCAAUAAGUUUCCUGAUAUACGAUGGUUGUAUAUUUUCAUCUAUUAUAGCUAUUUAAUUCGAGUCUGAUAUAUUUUAUUUACUUAGU